CCAGACUGAAAUCACAGAUACAACAAUAAUGAUGUCGCCGUCUUUCUGCUAACGACAGAAUGCUCGUGUGAAUACAUUGUCUUAAAAAGUCCCUGAUCAUUCUGCUGGUUUCCAACCAACCAGCCUACAUCAUGUAUUAGAGGACAUCGAUCGAUAAGAUCUCCAUGUCUCGGACUACAAACUAAACCUCUCUUUUCAUCCUCAUUCAUUACCUGAGCAUCUAAUAUCAUCUCACACCAAAAAACCAUGACGUCACAAAACAUCGUUGACGCCUUCGUCACUUCUUGUGCCAUCCUCGUAACCAUGACAACGAUGAGCGUCCACGCUCAGACGAUGCAGCUGAACUACACAGUGGAAGAAGAACGACCAGCCAUGACACGGCUGGGUAACGUGCUACAAGACUCCAACAUCCUCGACUUUGUGGACCCUGCCGACGUGCAGGACCUGAGGUUCAGCUUCCUCACCGAGGGGAAUCCGGACGCCAAUUUCUUGUGGAUAAACUCGACCAGUGGACAGCUGCGGACGUUUUCUAGAAUCAACCGAGAGCUGGUGUGUCCCCGGCAACUCACGUGUAACCUGAACGUGCAGACUGCUGUGCAGAUGCAACUCGGAGCUUUCUUCAUGCUCGUCAAUGUCAGAGUCACAGUCCUGGACGUCAACGACCACACGCCGACAUUUGACCCGAACGUCUUCGUUCUGACGAUCCCCGAAGACGAAAGCACGGGCUCUGUCUACAGACUGCCCACGGCUGUAGAUCCAGACACGGGCCCUGGUAACUCUGUCGUGGACUAUAACCCAAUUGGGAUGUCCGGCUUGCCCUUCACUCUCAUCGUCACCGGAACUGACCCCUCGAACUUUGCCCUCAAACUUCGACUGGACGUGAAUCUGGACCGUGAAACGUCACCGGAAUACGAGAUGUUUGUGGAGGCUGUUGACGGCGGGUCCCCUAGCAAGACGGGGACUCUGACUCUGACUGUGGUCGUGGGGGAUGUGAAUGACAACCUGCCCAUCUUCGAUAGAGCUGAGUACGCCCUCAACAUCUCUGAGAGCACACCCGUCGGCUCUGUGCUCACCACGGUACGAGCUACAGACAGAGACGUGGGUGAGAACGGCGCACUGACCUACGCCAUGCCGGCCACCCAGGAUGACCAGGUCGUCUUCUCCCUGUUCUCCGUCAACGCCACCUCCGGAAACGUCCAGACGCUCAUCCCACUGGACACCUACGCCGGACGGACAUACAGCUCAAGUAUCGGAGAAGGCCGAGCUCGGUCGCGCCGUGGCUCACGUGGCGGUCAGUGACCCAGAUUCCCGACACAGCCCUAACGGCCGGGUCAGCUGUGAGCUGGACAGUCAGCAGUUCCAGCUACAGGCGAUGGACGUGAACCAGUUCAAGAUUAUCCUCACCCAGGAGCUUGACAGGGAGGACACGCCCUUCCACAGACAAGCUCUGGUCACUGUGAGAGCCACAGACCUGGACCAGGGAGCCAAUGCCCAGCUGACCUAUAGGCUGGCCCCAGGCGCUGACUCGGACUUUGGGAUCUACACCGACGGCUCUGUUGUUGUCACUAACCCAGAAGGCGUUGACCGAGAAAACAAGGAAAAAGGUCCAAUACGCGAGCUAGUGGUCCUGGCAGUGGACAACGGCAAGCCGGCGCUGACCGGAACAGCCACGGUGGUGGUCAACAUCCGAGACAUCAACGACAACGCCCCCGCCUUCUCCAGGCCCAUCUACUACUUCAGCGUGCCCGAAGACGCGCGAGAAGACACAAUCGUCAGCAACGUCUCCGCUACCGACAACGACUUGGAGAUCAACGCCAUCUUCUACUACAAAAUGGCGGAUGAAGACGCGUUUAAGAUCCCCUUUGAAGUAGGGUUGGACGGUGUCAUCAGAGUAACGGAGCCCCUGGAUCGGGAGGUGGUUCCGUCUUACGACUUCAGUGUCAUCGCUUACGAUUUAGGAGAGCCUGUCGCGCUGUCUUCUACUGUCGCCGUUCACGUCAAAGUCCAGGAUGUCAAUGACAACAGGCCAGUUUUCGUCUUCCCAAACGAAGACAACUUCACAUUGUACGUGCCCCAUACUUUGAGUCCCAACAUGGCCUUUGGAAAUAUUGUAGCAGAUGAUGCCGACACGGGAAAUAAUGGGAAACUUGUCUACGCCAGGGACAGCGGCAACGGUACAAAGUAUUUCGACGUCUCCAACGAAUCAGGUCAGAUUUUGCUGAUCCGGCAACUGACCACAAAGGAGCUUGGACUUCAUGUUUUAGCCGUAGUUGCCCACGAUUUGGGCGCAGAGGAGCAAAAGGCAACCCAGUCCAUUCUUCAUAUCGUGGUCUACGAGGGAAAUGCGACCCUGGCUCAUCGGGAUAAUGGGCUAGGCUUCAGAAAUAUCGUCGUUGUCAUCGUUCUUGUCGUGGUCACUAGCGUCCUGGCUCUGGCUAUCUUGUUGACCAUACUGCUCAUCAAACGCGUUGACAAACAGCGGCGUCUCUAUCACGCUAAGGCAGCUGAGGCAAAAGUCGACUCGAACAUGCACCACAUGCAGCUGGCCUCGAGCAGUGACGUUGAAGCUUCCACGAGUCUCUCUGACGUCACGGGAGAUUCUAAGGAGAAUGGGAAGAAGAAAAAAGAGGUUAGCUUCUCCCUGGAUGAGGAUAACAACAUCAACAGUCACCCACCCUUGACAACCUUCAACCCUGUGCUGCCUGAUAAGUACGACGCUAUCUCAGAUAGAGACAGGGGGAAGCUCAAGAACGACGCUAUGUUGUCCAGUAACCGCUACCAGCCAGACCACCAGAACAAGAGCUCUGGCCUCAAGAAAGACGUGAACACCUUCACCUUCCACCAGGUCCACCCCACCGCUGGAGCAGACAAUAGACAGGGUGGAGAAAACUCACGGCAUCAUGAAGACAACUUGAGUGACGUGAGUGGUGACGUCAGCACCAGUGACAGUGGCAGAGGAGGAAGUGACGUAGAGCUGCAGAGCCACGGAGGCACUUCAAAGGAUUCCGGGGACACGUCUUUCGCCUCCCAGCGUGGCUUCAACGCCGCCCACAACAACCUAAGCCUCAGCGGGAACACAGGCCUCAGCAAACCCGUCAACCUAAGCGGGCACAGCAACAACAGCAACGCCAACACCAGCGCACGUCUCGGCAGCGGACGCAGCCCACACAAAAGCGUACAUUUCCAGAACAUUCGACCCGACCCUCUGAGCUUCGGCUCAUUCCUGUCGCCCAUGACAUCCCCGCCAGGUUCAUCGGGGCGUCCGCCGCUUCCCCCACAUCACGGGGCUUCGAAAUCCGGAGGCCUCAGCAUGCCCCCCUCGUCUACAUCGAGGUUCGCGCCAAACUUGCUUUCUGACGACGAUGGAAGUUACGUGAAACUUUCAAACAACAACAGCAACGCAAUCAGAAAUAGUGGGCGGCGCUCUAAUCCGUCCAAUCAGGAGCUGGAACGUCAUAGAAAUCGAAUGCUGUCCGACAAUCUGUUACCCAAUCCUGGAAGUCAACUCAUGGGUGCGUCCAAUCGUGACGAGGAAUACAUGGACAUGAACAGUGCUCGUUCCUUCGCGUCACAGCGCUCAAAUUCAAACUCGUGUAUUGAUAGUGCGGACAGGUGGGACGGGGACACUACCACUUCCGGUAGCUAUACCGUCGACCCCCAGGAACUCUGUGACGAAAUUGACAAGCUGUUUUUCGACGAAGUGAAGGAUGUUGUUGUGUAGAUGACAUUAUAAAAUUUUAGUACCAGACACUGAGAAGCACAGCCAGCGCCUGUGGUGUAGCGGUUAAGCGCUUCUCCGUCGUACGCAGGAGACCCAAGUUCGAUUCCCGUUUAGGGAAAAUUGUUUCAUCGAGUAUGUCGGUCUUUCUGCUCUGACGUUGUUUCCCUCUCAGCCUGGGUCGAGGCCUGCCUCCUUAAAGAUCUGAAUUGUGUCGAUGGGGGGGGAAAAAACACCAUAUAUUCAAAGAAAGACGGGAGUUUUAUUCUCAGGUGGGGACGUUUUUCAUCGAGUUUCUCCGUACGUUUGCCGGAUUGUGCCUCAGUUUCUGUUACAAGAAAGCAACAGCACCGGUGCCUGUUGUGUAACGGUUAGGCGUUUCCCCAUCACACUCUAAAGACAUGAUUAUGAUUUUCCGUACGGGGAAAUUAAUUUGACCGGACAACUCGCUCGUUCUUCUUGGAAGUUAUAUCCCAUUUAGCUCGGGUUGGCCCUGACAGGCAGGAACAAAGCUGCAAGCCUCCCAAGGUGUGUUGAUAGGGGCAUGAAAAAUUUGCAGUCGCAAUAAGACUCCAGAGCCACACGUUGCUCCAGCUUAAACGAUACGUUGAUGGAAAAUAAAAGCUGAGAGAUGCGAGACUUGUCUACUUGAGCGGAUUUUUGGUGCCAGAAUAGUGUCAGACGCUUUGCUGUGAAAUCAGAGAGACAUACAUGCCACAUUACUUGAAUAGAAUUCAUGCGUUUCCCAACGUCUUUAGCAGAGGGCUCCUAUUACGCCCUUCUUUGAAAAAAAUCUCACAAACGUACCAGAUGAGGUGGACUAAUUGCUUAUCCAUGAGCUCCAGUGGUAGUGAGCGGGCCACUGGUAGAUUUUAGCUCUUUUCCUUCCCUCUGUUGUUUCUAUGUGUCUAUCUUACUUUUACCCUACUUUAAUUGUGCUGAUGUGUAUUUGUUUACUCAAACAAACAAACAAACAAGCAAGCAAACAAACAAACAAACAAAAACAAACAGGCAAACAGCUUUCUUUUGCGCCCACGAUUUUUCAAAUACAAGAUAAACAAAAAAGAACCUGAUAUCUAUUUACCUACCCACCUAACUAUCUACCUAUCUCAUUACUCUCCUUUUUUCUAGCUGCUAACAUGACUCUGUCUUUCAUUCUGUAUGCUCAUUGCACCUGUCUAUCUGUCUUAAUCCUAUUAAGGACACUUUAACUUUUGUUCUCGUGCAAAAAAAGACUACAAACAAACAAAACAAUUGUAUGAUUCUGCGAUACGUACUGAUCAACGAUGUUUCAGUUAUCUUCUUUUGUGCACUCCCAAUGCCCGUCUGGAGUUAUAUUUCCAUUACUGUCUGCUUAAUCGAGCACACAGGGCAUAAAUAGUUUUCAUGUUUCUGCCUUCCCCCUGAACCAAGGGAAAUAGCCCAAGGUUUAGAUUUCAAGAACAACAACAACAUUGGCUUUAAAGCUUUUCAAUUCUCUGGAAGUUAAUCCUUUGAAAGAAUGUGCAGGUGACACCCUG